CGUGCGACAAUUUGUGUGUGUGUGUGUGUGCGGCGACGUAACCUCAAAGAGAAAUGGCAGCCGCUGGAAAACGGACGGAAAAUGAGAGAAACAAGCCGAUCUUUUGCGAGCUGUCCGCCAACGACCUGGAGCCGGAGAUCACGGAGAUCGAGAGCCUGUGCGUGGAGUGCGGCAAGAACGGGAUCACCCGGCUGCUGUUGACGAAAAUCCCGUACUACAAGGAUGUGGUGCUCAUGUCCUUCGAGUGCGAGCACUGCGGCUGUCGGAACAACGAGAUACAGAGCGGCGGGAGGAUAGCGGAGAAGGGGAUCAGAAUAACGCUGCGAGUGGCCACGUCGCAGGAUCUGAAUCGCCAAGUGGUGAAGUCCGAUUACACCAGCAUUCACGUGCCACACUUGGAUUUCGAGAUACCCGCCCAGUCGCAGAAGGGCGAGGUCACGACUGUGGAGGGGAUAAUCGACCGGAGCAUCGGCGCGUUGGAGCAGGAUCAGCCCAGGCGUCGGGAGGAAUUUCCGGACACCGCGGUCGAGAUAGAUCUGUUUAUUGGCAAAUUACGCGCGCUGAAGACGCUGGACGAGCCGUUUACCGUUGUCUUUCAAGAUACUUCGGGAAACAGUCAUGUGGAGAAUCCGAAAGCGCCGCUCAAAGACAGCCAGUGCACCGUGACGUAUUUCAAAAGAACGAAAGAGCAGGAUCGCGUAUUGGGAAUUUACGCCGACAAUGAGGAUGUCUUGCUUAAACCCAUACAGGAAGGGGAGUAUCCUCUGGAACAGAUCGAGGGUGAAGUGCUGUCCUUUCCCACCAAUUGUCCAGACUGCAACAGCCCUUGCGAAACAAAUAUGAAACUGACGAAUAUACCGCACUUCAAAGAAGUUGUUAUAAUGGCCACGCUAUGCGAGUCCUGCGGUCACCGAACUAACGAGGUGAAGAGCGGCGGUGGGAUCGAGCCUCAAGGUGUCAGGAUCGAAGUGACGAUAACAGGUAGAGACGACUUCAGCCGCGAUCUACUGAAAUCCGAAACCUGCGACAUGGAGAUACCCGAGCUCGAGUUGGAAGUCGGCCCGAACAUUUUGGGCGGUCGAUUCACGACCGUCGAAGGGAUUGUGGCAGCGAUGAAGGAACAGCUGUCCUCGUCCACAGCUUUCACCGGGGACAGUAGUGAUUCCGAGACCGUGAACAGGAUGGAAGCGUUUAUCGCACAGUUGAACGAAGUUUUGGACGGUCGAAGAAAAGUGACCUUGAUUCUAGACGAUCCGGCCGGAAAUAGUUACGUGCAAAGUCUUACCGACGAUGGAUUAUCUGACGAUAGAUUAAAGAUCACCAAGUACGAUAGGAAUUUUGAGCAGAACGAAGAGCUCGGUCUCAACGAUAUAAAAGUCGAAAAUUAUUAGGUUGUCUACUAAAAUAGAGAAAUGAAUAUCGCGCGUUUACGGUACAAAUGUCAUAUGAUAAGAGUAGCUCGACUGCUUACACUCGACUGCUCUAGACUGUUUUUAUAACAAUUUUAUUGUUGAAAGUAACUCGUGUAUCUUGUAAAUAUAAAAUUUUAUAUUA